CCUCACCACCACAUUCCUGACAUUUCCCUUGCUUAGGCAACAUCCUGUCCUGAUAGCCAGCUUAAUUCCCUUUCUGGUACCCCCGGUCCCCUGCCCCAUACAGCGGCUGUUGGUCCUGUCCUGGGGUAACGUUACCCACCGGUGCCGGCGGCUCACACGAAGUUUUCUACAUCUUCUGGGGAUUUACAUGAAAGUGAAAAUGGACUUCAGCCAACAGCAGGCCUUGCUGAAGGAACGCCAGAGGCAGUACCAGGAGAGUUUGGGUGCAGAAAUGGAACAUUCCAACUUGUACGGUUUCCGUGUCCCUUCUCGCCUGCCCCUGUGUAGCACCACCUCCAUGGAUGUGAAUGUGUGUGACCUGGAGGACCUGUCCCUGGACGACAUGUCCAACCCCGGCAGCCUUGGCACACCGGAUGACCUGGAGUAUGACUUUGAUGAUGCAGAUGUUUUUGACAUUGUGGAUUUCGAAGACACAGACUUGGAUAAGGGUGGAAAGGAUAGUUCUUCUGAGGCAGGCAGUACAGCUGCUGGCCAGGCAGGAGGUACAGCUGCUGGACAGGCAGGAGGUACAGCUGCUGGUCAGGCAGGAGGUACAGCUGCUGCCAAGGCAGGAGGUACAGCUGCUGCCCAAGCAGGAGGCACAGCUGGUUAUCAACAAGCCAACAAGCAGAUUCCUGCAGCAGGAUCAGCCUUGACCUCUGGCACGCUGCCAGCUCCAGUCACAACAACCAACUACUCACCAGCACCAGCCUCUCUCACACAGGCUGACACUUCACGGACCUCAUCCAACCAAUCAAGGAACAUGUCUCAACACCCGGAUCUGCCACAGAACGCCUGCCACCUACCCAACCAAUGCGAAGGUUCCAUUCACAGUGACAAUGUCAUCAGCAACCAAUCAACAGAAGCCUGCCAGCACGGUCAAUUCAAUUACAGAGUCCAACUUGACACCAGGGAAGCCUCUUCACAAAACCCGACCACAGACAUCAACACCAACAAACAGAUACUAGAAAAAGAGACACUUGUGUAAGAGAGCUCUAAUGUCAAAGAACGGAUACCUCCUUCACCAGUUUAACAUUAUGGCUGUGAUUCAGAGACAGAAGAAAGAAAUUCUGAUAUCAGUCGAGAUGCCUGAUUAACAUAAUUUUCAUUGUAUCAUUCAGUUUAUAACAUUAAGUCACCAUUUUCUCCAUCAACAAACAUUUUUCUUGAAAUAAUUAACUGUAAAUCUUUAGCUAUUGAAUGAAUAGAUGAAAUCAAUGAAGUUUCACAUAAGGGUAUGUGGAAUGGUGCCGUUUUGUAGGAUUUUGACUAUAGUUGUUGCAUUUGAUUUCAUCGAUCUUAUUCUCGUUCUUUUUGCAGGACUGACUUUAAGUGAAGGCCGGUGUCUCACUGAAUAUGACUUUGACUUUAAAUUGACUUCAUUAGAAUUGCAGUAGGUAGAAUACUGAACAUACAAACUUUCAUUCACACACAGGCAAAGCUGCCCUUACAGUACCUGUAUAUGUAACUUACAAAUUAAUGAUACUUCUUUUUUCUAAUUUGAGGCCAUGUUGAUUUGAUUAUU